CUCCAACCUCCUUGAAUGUGGAAACCAGUGUUUCGGAUGUUAAAAUAAAUAAGUUCCGUCCCUUGUAUCUCUAAUAAACCCAGCGGCUCUUCCUCUUCUCGACACACACACGCCCAACACAUCCUCUUAAAUACCCACUUCCCUCCUUCCCUCUUCCCUCCUUCAACAACAAAGAUCAAAGACUCUUCUUUUCUCUAGUUUCAGUAGUAUUGUCGUCUUUCGUUGCAAAAUUGGAAGCCAAAAUGCGGAUGAGUUGUAAUGGAUGUAGAGUUUUACGCAAAGGUUGUAGUGAAAAUUGCAGUAUUAGACCUUGUUUACAAUGGAUCAAGAGUCCGGAGUCUCAAGCUAACGCUACUGUUUUUCUUGCCAAGUUUUAUGGCCGUGCUGGCCUUAUGAACCUCAUCAACGCUGGCCCUGAACAUCUCCGUCCUGCAAUUUUUAGGUCUUUGCUUUACGAGGCUUGUGGGAGGAUAGUGAACCCAAUUUAUGGAUCAGUUGGGUUGAUGUGGUCGGGAAGCUGGCCGCUUUGUCAAGCAGCCGUUGAAGCCGUGCUAAGAGGUGCGUCGAUAACUCAAAUCAACUCUGAAACCGCAGCUAAUGCUCAGGGACCCCCGCUGAAAGCUUAUGAUAUACGGCACGUUUCGAAAGAUGAGAACUCGGCUGCCUCAAACGAUGCAAACCGUGUCAGGACUCGGUGCCGAGUCAGGCGAGUUGUGAAGCCGAAAGCUAGCAAACCGGCUUGUGGUGGUAAUGGGUUGGGGUCGAUCGUUGUUGACAUGUCGGCGACACGGGACGGCUUGACUCGGUCCCCGAGUCACGAGUCCUCGGUGAGUCACCAAUCCGAGUUGGCAAUGGUGGACGGUGAAAGCAAAGAGACGGACGAGAGCAUGAUGUCUGUGGAAACAGCAGAGGAUUCAUUGCUGUUCCGAUCCGAACCGGAGUCAAAGAGCGAUUUGGCGACCCAUGACGCUGCGAGCAACGAAAUUGCCGGGCUUGGGCUGGACUUGGCUCUGGGCCUUGAGCCCGUGUCACGAGCGCAUCACGUUGUUCCGGUGAAGAAGAGAAGGAUUGAAGCUCUCGGGUCUGGUGAUAUUGACACGUGUAAGAUGGAGCUGGGACUUGACUACGCAGCUUGAAUUGAUGAGAAAGCCCAAAGAAAACGCGGAGUUUUUUUUUUUUUUUUUCCGGGGGUUUUUCCCUCGGUGUAAUUUAUUUUGUUUGUUUUUGCGGCCCUUUAUGGUGAAAAUAGAGCUGUACAAACCUGGUUUUUACAUGGACAGAAACGGUAAAUGAUCAAUAGAGGGAUCUUUUUAA